AUGGGCAACAAGCAAUCUACACCGCAAAGACGCAAUACGGACAACCCUGAGGACCAACUUCAAUACCAUACACCUCGCGGCCCAGUUGCCGCAAAAGAUUUGUCGCAGCAUCUUGAGAGCGUACCUCCGCCCGGCACACGCACCCGAUCCCAAUACCCUCAUGCCUUCCGUGGUAGACAGGACUGGAACACAGAAGCAAAGACCUUUGACGACUACGUCACGGGCCCAGGUCGAUCUCAGGGGCCAACCGGCCCCAUGCAGGAGUACCCUAUCCCUCAACCCGGCCAACAAUUCAAUUUUCAGUACGACCGCCGCGCCCAGCCAGCAGCUCAGGCAAACCGAGUACUUCAUCACAAUGAACGAGCAAACGUGAUGGGGCCUGCCAAUGGACAAGGCCCGAACGAUCCCAUGCAAACUCGGGCUGCUGUUCGCGUGGCGCAAGUAAGUGGCAAAGAGCAGAUUGCUGUCGUUGGUGUCAUGGCUCAUCCGCCGGGGGACCCAAGAAAGCUGGUGCGAGCGCCACUUGAGCCCCUUGGCCGUGAGGGUCGGCAAGAGAUGGCGCGGCACGCGGAUGAACGUGGUCGCAUCCAGACGUACCCACCCCGUGGUAUAGACUCUCAAAUCUAUGCAGAUGCCGAAACAAGAUCUGGAAGGGUACGGCCGCCCGCUCAUCCAGAGAUGAGGGUGUGA